AGCGCGGUGACGGUCGCAUCGCCUCAGCUGCAGUAUGCCAAGUUUUUCCUGUUUCCGACUCCGGUUUUCAUUUUAUUGGGGAAAAACAUUUCGCUGAAGCCGCCUGGGGUGUCGAAAGAAGAGAAAGAAGGAGGGAAAUGCCGCGAGUUUGAGGAGGAAAAGCGCACAGAGAUGCGAGCUGCGAGGAGACGCGGACGCUGUUGGGACCUCCUCGCCUGGCUUCUCGUCCUGUGCGCGGAGUGCGCGUGCGGCCGAGGAACUGCAGGAGACACCGUUUCCGAUUCGUCCUCCGCCGGCGGGACGUUGCCGCACUUCCGACAGGAGCCAGAAGACGCCUACAUCAUCAAGAGCAACCCGAUCCGGUUGCGGUGCCGUGCCACUCCCGCCCUGCAGAUUUUCUUCAAGUGCAACGGGGAAUGGGUUCACCAGAACCAACACAUGGUCCUGGAAUAUAUGGACCAGAACACGGGUGUGAAGGUGCGUGAGGUGAUGAUCAACGUCUCUCGGCAGCAGGUAGAGGAUUUCCACGGCCCUGAGGAUUAUUGGUGCUUGUGUGUGGCCUGGAGUCACCUGGGGACAUCCAAGAGCCGCAAAGCCACUGUGCGCAUCGCCUACCUGCGUAAGAACUUUGAGCAGGACCCACAGGGGAAGGAGGUUCCCAUCAGGGGCAUGAUCGUUCUGCACUGCCGGCCUCCAGAGGGUGUACCCACUGCUGAGGUGGAGUGGUUAAAGAACGAUGAGCUGGUGAGUUCACUCGACGACGACAACAUCGACACUCGAGCCGACCACAACCUGAUCAUUAACGAAGCGCGACUCUCUGACUCGGGGAACUACACCUGCCUGGCCAGCAACAUCGUUGCCAAGAGACGCAGUGCCACGGCUACUGUGGUCGUCUUUGUGAACGGAGGCUGGUCUCUGUGGACUGAGUGGUCUCAGUGCAGUGUGGAUUGUGGGAGAGGAGUACAGAAGCGCUCUCGAACCUGCACUAACCCGGCUCCGCUGAACGGAGGAGCGUUCUGCGAGGGCAUGUCUGUCCAGAAGAGCACCUGUACCGCACCCUGUCCCGUGGACGGAGGAUGGGACGAGUGGAGCGAGUGGGCAGCGUGUAGCGUCCAGUGCGAGAGGCAGAGAUGGAGGGAGUGUACCGCGCCGGCUCCUCGCAACCGCGGAAGAGCCUGCGAGGGCAAAGGUCAUGACGUGGAGAACUGUACCGGCGACCUGUGCACUCAAGAUGGGAAGAUGCUACAUGAUGUUAAGCCUCAAAGUAUGGAUGGCUCCAACGAGGUGGCACUGUACUCGGGACUGGCAGCAGGAGCCAUCGCCGUCACCGUCCUCGUCAUAUCUGUGACGCUCUACCGCCGGAACCAGAGCGAAUACGGAGUCGAUGUCAUCGACUCAUCUGCCCUCGCUGGCGGAUUCCAGUCCUUCAACUUCAAAUCCACCAGACAAGGCAACGCUCUGCUUUUGAAUUCGUCGGCCCGGCCUGAGCAGACCUACAGCUUCCGCGACUCCGUGGGGAAAGAGCUGUUCGACCCUCUGCCUGACGCCACAGCGAAAGUCCAGAGCACCUUCACGGCCGAGUACCACGCCAAGACUUACCCUCAGGACCUGACAUCACCGCUGCCCACCAACAACGGGCCCUACAACUCCUACAGGACUCACCUGAGGAGCAGCGGCGUGUUCGGGCACCAGGGAGGACGACUCGUCAUGCCCAACGCAGGUGUCAGUCUGCUGGUGUCCCAUGGGGCGAUCGCCGAGGACACGUCCUGGGAAAUGUACAUGCUCAUCGAUCAAGGAGAAUCCAGUGCACCAUCGUUAGAGAGAUGCGAAAUCCUGCUGGGACCAGAGGUCACGUACGGCCCCCCAGGCCUGAGCCUGACCUCCCCUGUUGCCAUGACGAUAGCCCACUGUGCCGAGGUCAUCGGCGAGAACUGGAGCGUUCGCCUGAAGAAGAAAACGAAGGACGACGAGUGGGAGGAAGUGAUGUCGGCAGAGGACGAUUCGACUUCCUGCUACUGCCUCCUGGACUCUGGAAGGUGCCACCUGCUGCUGAGUGAGCCAGGCUCGUACGCCCUCGUCGGAGAACCUCUGAGUGACGGCGCCACCAAGAGGGUGAAAGUGGCCGUGUUCGGCAGCUCGCACUCCUCCAUGAGCUACGGUCUGCGAGUGUACUGUGUCGACGACACGCCUCACGCCUUUCAGGGAGUGGUGACUGCAGAGAGCAGCAGACACGGCUUGCUCCUGGAGGAACCCAAGACUCUUCUGUUUAAAGGGAACACCUACAGUCUACAGGUCUCCAUCCAGGAUCUGCCCCAGUUCCCAUGGAGCAUCAAACCAUUUAGCACCUGUCAGGAGUUCUCCUUCUCACAGGUAUGGAGCAGUAACCAGCAGCCUCUGCACUGUGCCUUCUCUCUGGAGCGCUUCAACGUCGGCACCACGCAGCUCUCCUGCAAGAUCAGCGUGCGCCAGGUCAAAGGUCACGAGCAGAUCCUGCAGGUCUACACCUGUGUGGAGGAGAAGGAGAAAGAGACGCUCCCAUUUUUUAUGCAGACCGACUGCACGGUCACCUCCCAGACGGGCGCCAAAGCCUUCAAAAUCCCUCCAUCCAUUCGGCAGCGCAUCUGCGCCACCUUCGACACUGCCAACGCCAAGGGCAAGGACUGGCAGCUCCUUGCCCAGAAACUCCACAUUCAGAGGAACCUGUCGUACUUUGCGACGCAGCGCAGCCCGUCUGGGGUCAUCCUCAGCCUGUGGGAGGCUCGGCACCAGGCCUCCGGAGACCUGGACUCGUUGGCCAGCGCCCUCGAGGAGAUCAGCAAGAUCCACUCGAAAAGCUCGGCCCAGAGCCCAAGCGAGACGCAGCCGGACUACAAUCAGUGACGGACACGGACUCAAUCCGUCUGUAAACACAUGACGCGAGUGCUCACGUCCGGCUCCCGAGAAAGAGAGAGACGUGACCACGAGGACUGCGUAAUGAUGGAGUAAAAGGACACGCUGCUUUAAAAAAAAAAAUUUUAUAUAUAUAUAUAUAUAUAUAUAUAUAUAUAUAUAUAUAUAAAGGGGGGGAGGAGAGCACUUGAAAGUUCUGCCUCAGCUGUACCAUCAUUAUGAGGGUCAGCUCGGGUCAUAAACCUUCUUAUCCAUUUCCUUUUUUCUUUUCAGCUUCGCCACUGGUUCACAGGCAGCAUGGACCUUUAACGCUUCAGUGUGCUACUUUUUUCGUGGUUUGGUUGCACUAUAAAGCAUCGUAGAGGUCAAAUAUGUGGCGCGUUUCCGAAGACGCGACGUGGUUUCCCCUUUGUGAGUGAGGAUGUGUUUUUCCGCACACUGUGUACUGCGACGUUUCGUGUUGCCGGUAGGGAGCCAUUGUAAAAGCAGCAACUGGGACGCAGAUGAAUAAAAAUAUGUGCUUUUCUGUUUAAUGUUGUUUUUCAGACGUGUAAGGAGGAGGUUGGGGGGAGAGGGAGCAUAAGCAGGGAUCUCGGGUUGAACACCAACACAACGGCUCCCACGUGUUUCUCUUAGAUAACAGUAGCAGUUACCGCGGUCGUCUCUGCACCGAGGACGUUGCUCUGGCCACACGCUUAGUUAGAUAACUGACACGAGCCCAAAAUCAGCUUAAAAAAAAAAAAAUAAAGCGCCUCAAUCUGACACGCACCUCGUUUCCUGUAACCGAUACAGAGGAAGAUGUUAUUGAGCCUCUUACAGUACGGCGUCAGUUUAGAGAGAGAAUUAAGGCGAACAGCCGCUUUUAGAACAGGAUUAACAUUGUGUUUAACAUCCGCCAUGUUGAUGCUGUUGCCUGUUUUUUCUUUUCCUUUCCUUUUCUUUUUCUGACAUGUUUUCAUGAAGAGAUUUAUAUAUCAAGUGAAUUAUGUAUAUUUUUCUCUCGUUUUGGCGACAGAAACGGAACGGAGAAAAUCUACAAGAUUUAAUAUCUGUCAGUUUCUGUUUGUCUCCAUAGCGAUCAACAUCCUAAAGAUGACGACGCAGAAAGAAGAAAGGAAUUACAUGAACUUUCCGGAAGCUGCCCUUUUAAUGCCAGAGUUUCCCAUCAAAGGCAAAACUGAUGAUGAUGAUUUUCCUGAAAUAAACUAAAUUAUUCUGGUCUCCUCCUCAGCUCAGCCCUCCUGAUGAAAAUCCAGCCACAUGACAAAUAUAUGCAUAACUACAGGAUUUUUUUUCCCACACAAUUUUAAUGUACCGAUAAACAGU